CCUCCCCCGACCGGUUGACUUGGUAAAGGUAUUAGUAUUACAUUACAUUAUUAUCUUGCCAGGCGCACGAACUAGCUGGUUGGCGAGCCGCAGUAAAUAAUAUCUGAAUUCUGAAACCUAUUACUUCGCAUAAUAUUCCUUUAAAUUCAAAAUGUCCGAGAAACAUUUACAAACCGGCGAUGUCUUACCUCCGUACAGCGGCAAAUUGCGGGUGUUUGCCAUGAGAUUCUGCCCUUACGCCGAGCGAACUGUGCUUGUGUUGAAUGCUAAGAACCUGCAGUACGAUUUAGUUUUCGUUAACUUGGAUCACAAACCCGAAUGGCUUUUCAAUUUUAGCCCCAAAGGUACUGUACCAGCUCUGGAAUAUGAGCAGGGCAAAGCAAUAUUUGACAGCAACAUUAUAAACUUCUAUCUUGAUGAGAAAUACCCUGAGCCAGCUCUCCAAUCAGCAGACCCACUGCGCAGGGCUCAAGACAAAAUUAUUGUAGAGCUGUUUGCUUCGGUUCAGUCAGCAUUUUACACAGCUGCUUACAAUGCCCAGAACCUGCAACCAGAAAUGGUGGAGAACUACCACAAGGGCCUUGAAAGUCUGCAGAAAGAGCUUGUGGCUCGUGGCACUAAGUACUUACACGGUGACACCCCCGGAUUAGUGGAUUUCACCCUUUUCCCAUUCUUUGAACGUUUUGAGGCCUUGCCACUUAUUGGCAAACCAGAAUUUGCUUUGGACAAAGCCAAAUACGAGGCACUGGUUAACUAUAUUGAUGCCAUGAAGACGGUCCCAGCUGUGAAGAGUUACUAUCUGACUGCAGAGACUCAUGCUAAAUUCAUGGAGUCCCGUAACAAAGGUGACGCUAACUACAACAUGUUGGACACCAGUGAUGUCUGCUGCAUGCGCCCACGGAAGAAGAAGGAAUAAAAAAUAUUAAAAUUCGUUUCACAAACCAGUAAUAAUA